AUGAUGUCCUAUGGAGAGAGGCUGGGGAGCCCAGCUGUCUCCCCACUCCCUGUCCGCAGGGGACAUGUGAUGCAUGGGGCAGCCUUUGCUUAUGUGCCCAGCCCGCAGGUCCUGCACAGGAUCCCAGGGACUUCUGCCUAUGCUUUCCCCAGCCUGGGCCCCGUGGCUCUUGCUGAGCACGGCUGCCCUUAUGGGGAGGUUCUGGAGCUCCAUGACCCACUGCCUGCCAAGCUGGCCCUGGAAGAGGAACAGAAGCCAGAGCCUGGGUUGGCCCAGAAGCUGCGCCAGGCUGGCACCAUGCUGCUCAAGGUGCCACUGAUGCUCACCUUCCUCUACCUCUUUGUCUGCUCCCUGGAUGUGCUCAGCUCAGCAUUCCAGCUGGCUGGAGGGAAGGUGGCUGGUGACAUCUUCAAGGAUAACGCCAUCCUGUCUAACCCAGUAGCAGGGCUGGUGGUGGGCAUCCUGGUGACUGUGCUGGUGCAGAGUUCUAGCACGUCCACCUCCAUCAUCGUCAGCAUGGUCUCCUCUGGCUUGCUGGAGGUAAGCUCUGCCAUACCCAUCAUCAUGGGCUCCAACAUUGGCACCUCUGUCACCAACACCAUCGUGGCCCUGAUGCAGGCAGGGGACAGAACUGACUUCCAGCGGGCCUUUGCAGGGGCCACGGUGCAUGACUGCUUUAACUGGCUGUCAGUGCUGGUCUUGCUGCCCCUGGAGGCUGCCACCGGCUACCUGCACCAUGUCACUCGGCUCGUGGUAGCGUCCUUCAAUAUCCGUGGUGGCCGAGAUGCCCCAGACCUGCUCAAGAUCAUCACAGAGCCUUUCACUAAGCUCAUCAUCCAGCUGGACAAGUCUGUCAUUACCAACAUUGCCACUGGUGACGAGUCCCUGAGGAACCACAGUCUCAUCCGGAUCUGGUGCCAUUCAGAUCCCCUGGAGGCUGGCGCCUCCAUGCCCAGGGCAGAAGCCAACACCAGCUGGCCCACUGGAAAUGCCACCGCAGAGAAAUGCAAACACAUCUUUGUGGACACAAGGCUGCCAGACCUGGCCGUGGGGCUCAUUCUGCUGGCAGGCUCCCUGGUGCUUCUGUGCACCUGCCUCAUCCUCCUCGUCAAGAUGCUCAACUCCCUGCUCAAGGGCCAGGUGGCCAAGGUCAUUCAGAAGGUUAUCAACACUGACUUCCCCGCCCCCUUCACCUGGGUCACGGGCUACUUUGCCAUGGUGGUGGGUGCAGGCAUGACCUUCGUUGUCCAGAGCAGUUCUGUGUUCACCUCGGCCAUCACCCCACUCAUUGGCCUGGGUGUGAUCAGCAUUGAACGGGCCUACCCCCUCACACUGGGCUCCAACAUCGGCACCACCACCACUGCCAUCCUGGCUGCUCUUGCCAGCCCCAGGGAGAAGCUGUCCAGUGCCUUCCAGCCCCUGGACCGCCUCAUCACCCGUGCCACCCUGUGCUAUGCCAGGCCUGAGCCCCGCUCACCCCCCAUGCCUGCCAGGGUCUUUCUGGAGGAGCUGCCCCCUGCCACGCCCUCUCCCCGACUGGCACUGCCUGCUCACCACACUGCCACCCGCCUCUAG